AUGUCUAGGUUGCACAUUCCUGAGAUAGUGGAACCUCAGGAAGGUUCCUCGGGCGACCGACACCCUUUUGGUGAUGGCAUUUCCAGGCGAUCCCGAUCGGUCUCCACCAACAGUCGCAGUUACGAUUAUGAUAGUGAUCUCAGCGAUUCGAGAAUCCACCUCGGCGGAUCGGUGAAUGAGGACCGCAACGCGUCGGAUCUGAAUUUGCCAGAUUUACACAUCGAAGACGUGGAUGAAGGCUUGAAUUUCGCGUUGGGCACCAAUCAAAGCAAAGGUGCCUGGCUGCCACUAAGAGGAGAUAGCGAUACAGUCGGAUUGCUUGACAAUGUGAGUGAAGAUGGUGUUGAUACUCAGAGCCAGCGACCAAGAAUACGAACAGACGUUCAAUAUUUAAGUCUGGACGAGCCUGAUCAACAUGGAAUACAUUUAGACAAUCUGAGUUCGAACGCUAGCUUCAGGGAAUCGGUCUAUCACAUGGAUGAGUCGCCUACAAGACAUAGCAUGGACACGGCGAGAUCGAAGCUAUCCAAGGCAAUAUCUCACCAAGAGGAUUGGGCAAGCCAGGUGAGAAAGUUUUCACAACGAGUGAGUGGAAUCAGCCAAGAUGAACCAAGGACUCCAAAUUUAGAAGAUUCGGAGAUUGAUAUGAACUACAGAGUAUUCGACGAUGUUUUGAGCUCUUCUGGAAAUGAACAGACCGAUGAUUCAUUCCAGAAGCCUGCUUUAUAUGGCCGCUCUUUGAAGGUUUUUGGGCCUAAUAGCAGAUUCAGGAAGACGUGUUUCAAAAUCAUUUCGGCGAGUUGGUUUGAACCUUUGAUGUUUGGUUUGGUGCUGGCAACUGCCAUUAUACUAUCUGUCCAGCAAUGGAAUCCUGAAUCUUCUCAUUUGGGCUAUUACCAAAAUUUGGGUUACACUGCCAUGGAUUGGAUACUGGUUCCCAUAUACGUGAUCUUCACGCUGGAGUCUUUCUUCAAAAUCGUUGUACAUGGUCUUUGGGAUGAUUCCCAGAUGUAUGAUGAGCUGAAUCUGUCUAAGGACAACUACAGAACAUUUUGGGGCAGAUUGUGGGAGCACCAGUUGAUUUUCUUCAAAAAGAUUGAACUAAAACAGGAAAAACUGUCUGACGAGAUACCAGCAGCAGUUAGUGUUUCGGCGGACCCUAGUACUUCCAAAAUUAAACACAGCAGGGCGUAUCUCAGAUACGAAUGGAACUGGGUGGACGCAACUUCGGUGAUUAGCUGGUGGAUCUCUUUGUUCAUUGCAUUGAACGGCUAUAACAUUAAUCAUGGUGUGAUGGUAUUCAGGUCUCUGAUGUGUCUCAAGAUUUACAGACUCUGGAACAUCACGAGCGGUACACAAACUGUUCUGAAUGCUUUGAGAAGAGCUGCGCCGGAACUGGCUGAUGUAUCCAUUUUCCUUUUGUGUUUCUGGGUGUUUUUCUCGAUCAUAGGAGUUCAGUCCUUCAAAUCCUCGCUAAGACGCCAGUGUGUUUGGACAAACCCAGAUGAUCCCACUGAUACGUACGUAACGUCUCAGUUUUGUGGAUCGUGGCUUGAUCCAGAUACGAAGUCAGUGAUGGACUACCUAGAGAGCGAUGGGAGUUCGUCGGGCAGAUCGAAAGGUUUCGCGUGCCCAAUAAACUCCAAGUGCAUAUCCAUGGAGAAUCCGUACGGAGGAACGGUAUCGUUUGACAACAUCUUCCAUUCUUUUGAGAUGGUUUUUGUCAUCAUAAGUGCUAACACAUUCACCGAUAUAAUGUACGAUUUGAUGGACACAGACUCCAUGGCUUCGUCGUUGUUUUUUAUUGCGGCAAUGAUUAUUCUCAGUGUAUGGCUAGUCAAUCUGAUUGUCGCUGUCAUCAUCAACUCUUUCACAGCAAUGAAUGAGCAGUUGAAAGAGCAGAUGAAAAAUGAUAAUAGCACCAUAUGGGGAUCUGCGAGGUGGAAUAAGAGAACCGAAGCGUACAGUCGGUUUUUGGUGAAAAACAAAAGGUUAGCCAGAUUCAAGAAGCUCAGAAAGCUGUUCACUCUUUCUGCAGUUAUAGGGAUGAUUUUUUCAUCUAUUAGAACGAAGAAUUCAAGCACUGAGACUGUUGAGUUGAUAUACAAGGUCAAUUGUGGAGCCAGUAUUGCUUUAUUUGUUGAGGUCAUGAUAACAUUUGCCCUUUGUUUGCCUAAUUGGAGGAUGUUUUUUAAUUCACUGUUAAACUGGGUUGAUUUGUUCUUUGGGAUUGGCUCUUUGGUGAUUGCUUUGCCUGUGAUCCACGAGAAACAUGAGACGGCUUAUGCCUGGUUGACUUUCUUCCAGUACGCCAGGUGCUACAGGGUGGUGCUUGGGAUUUCAUUCUUGAGCGGCCUUUGGAUGAAGGCACUCGGUAAUCUGCGAGCCCUAGUGGAUCUGUGUUUGUUUUUCGUACUGACAUUGUUUCUUACAAGUGUUGUUAUGUCACGGUUGUUUGAAGGAAUGGUUCCUGUCAGCGAGUAUCUCGAUAGCGAUAUGCUGAUCAUGUACAAUCUUCCAAACGUUUUAAUCUCCCUUUACACAAUCACAUCAACUGAGAAUUGGACUUCGGUACUGUAUCUGUGUCAGCAGAGUGCUAACACCACAUUCACACAGGUUAUAGCGGCCACUUACUUCAUCUUGUGGUUCAUUUUCUCCAACAUGUUCAUCUUGAACAUUUUCAUUGCCAUCAUCACGCAGAAUUUGGGUGUUCCUGAAAAGUUGAAGCGAACAGAACAGAUCCGACAGUUCUACAGAAAGAUUAUGACUCUGUCGUCUGAUGAAGGAGGUGUUUUUGAAAUUCUGAGAGGUAGAACUGUUGAGAAUGAAGGUGUCAGGGCCAGGAUCAAUAGGGACCAAACUAUCACGAGACUACGUCAGCUAACAGAUGUUGAUUUGGAUGCUGAUGUCGGGCUCCCUGCGGUGGAAAGAGUUCACGACAACGACCUCAGCGGGCUCUUUAAAGAUAAAAGCAAGAUUCUAUGGAAACAAUUCGAGGGGAAGCUUGAAAAGAAUAGACACAUAGGUCCGUGUUUGAGCUUCAUCAGAAAGGUUUUUGCCAAAGAGAACGACAGUGAUACAGUUUUGUUCAUAUUUGCACCAAACAACAGGGUUAGAGCAAUCUGUCAGUCAUUGGUUGCACCUCCACGAAAGCCAAGAAUAAAUGGGAGGCCUCCUAAUAAAAUUGCAAAAAACACUUUCAUGGUCGUCAUGUUUGUCGCUACAAUUCUCAUGGUUUUCUUCUCCUGUUUCUGGACUCCACUGUACAGAAGAGAGCAUAACUUUGUGGGUUCCCAUGGACGCAGUUUUUACAUCGAUGUUAUGUUUGCAUGUCUAUUCACCAUCGAGCAGAUAGUGAAGAUUCUUGCUGACGGAUUUAUAGGAACUGAUAAUGCCUAUUUGAGGUCGACCUGGGAUGCUCUCGACGCUGUUGUGUUGGCAUCUAUUUGGGUCGAUAUUGUCGCCGAGUUAGACAACAACUCUUAUUUAUCUACAGUUGUUGGCGGUCUCAGAGCAAUCAGGGCUCUGAGAUUGCUUACAAUCACCACCCUUUCGAAGCAGACCUUCCAAUACGCUAUCUUUUCCGGUGCUAGAAAGGCAGGGGAUGCAUUUUUGGUCUCCAUGAGUUUGCUGUUGCCAUUUUCGUUAUGGGGGCUGACCAUUUUCAAUGGGAAGUUGGGAUAUUGUCUUGAUGGCGAAUCUACAAAAUGGACCUGCAAAUACGAGUACACGGGAGAAGUAUUUAAUUGGGACGUAUUGAGUCCUAACGUUUACACAGAUCCAUACUUACAUUUUGAUUCGUUUCAAAUGUCUUUGGCAUCCCUGUAUGAGAUUGUGAGCUUGGAGGGUUGGGUUGAUCUUUUGGAAAACCUGAUGAAUAUCACAGGAUUUGGAACCCCUCCUUCGACAUUUGCCUCUCCUUUCAAUGGGUUAUUUAUCGUGUUGUUCAACUUCUGUUCCAUCGUGUUUAUUCUGAACCUGUUUGUUUCGGUGAUCAUUGAUAACUACUCCAUGCUCACUGGAACAGCAUUCAUGACAGAAGAACAACUAGCGUGGAACGAAGUGAGGAAGAUCUUGUCUCAGGUGAAACCUUCUAAGAAACGGUUCAGGGCAGGCCUGGCUCCGCUAAAAAGGUUCUGUUAUGACCUGACAAUUGGCAAGAAUAAGUAUUGGGCAUCCUUUCUGAACGUGUGUCUUUUCAUACACGGGGUCGAUUUGCUCUGUGAGUUUUACCCAGCAAACUCGAAGCUAAACGCUGUCAGAUAUGCGGCUUAUGUUUUUUCCUCUACAGGAUUCAUGGUGAACAUCUUGAUGGUGAUCUAUGCAAUGGGAUUCCUGUCAUUUAUCACCAAUAAAUGGAAUGCAUUUUCUCUCUGUGUCAUUUUGGGAGCUUUCUUGAUGUCUUGUGCAUCUUAUUUCGUUGGCAGAAAUACGUCUUUUGCCAACAUCAACAAGCUUUUUCUGGUUGCAAUGUUGUUUUUCCUCAUUCCAAGGUCGGACAGGCUUUCCCAGCUGUUGAAAUUUGCUUCUGCUAGUUUGCCUGCUUUGGCAUCCCUUCUGUACACUUGGUUAGUACUUUUCCUCGCAUACGCCAUUGCCUUGAACCAGAUAUUUGGACUUUCCAAGAUUGGACCAAACGGAAGUGGAAACCUCAACUGUAGAACGGUCACCAAGUGUUUGAUCAUGCUUUUUAAGACCAGUUUCGGUGAGGGAUGGAACUACAUCAUGGAUGAUUUCACACUGGAGUCUCCAUUUUGCACAUUGGGCUCCAGUAUAUUCUACUCGGAUUGUGGCAACAAGACAUUCGCAAUUAUUUUGUUCGGUUCUUGGAACAUCAUCUCUCAAUACAUCAUGUUGAAUAUCUUGAUUUCUCUUGUGGUCAACAGUUUCAGUUAUGUCUACCACAGUUCCGGACCUCACGCUCUUAUAACGAGAGAAGAGAUUCGCAAGUUCAAAAGAGCCUGGAACAAGUUCGAUCCAGAGGGACAUGGUUAUAUCUCCACCGGUGAUCUUCAGCCUCUGAUGAGGUCGCUAGAUGGUGAGCUCAGUUUUAGAGUCUACGCACCAGGAGAGAGAAUCAAAGACAUUAAAGCCAAGUGGACAUACCAGAAAUCUCAUAAUCCAUACGAUUUGGAGUUGCAUCACAAUGAACUAGCGAAGUCAUUCAAAGAAAUUGAUUGGCAAAAAGUGCGCCAUCGUAAGCUGCUCUACGACAGGUUUUUGGAAGAGUCUUUGAUGAGUGUUGUUUCGCAUGAGGGAGAACCAAUGAUCUCAUUCACCAAACUGCUGUUGCAAAUUGGACUCUAUUCGAAGUUUGACGAGGCCUCGUGUCUUACUUUAGAAAACUUCUUGAAACGUCAUCUGUUGCACGAGAAGAUUGACAACAAUUUGAGGCAACGCAAGCUAUUCGCCACUCUCACAAUGGUGAUAGAUAGGUUCAGGUUCAAGAACAAAGAUUAUGACAAGCUGCUUGGGUUAACGAGAGAAGAAAAUUUCGUGGUUGAAGACCCAUUUGCGGAUCCAUUUGCAGAUGAAUCUGAGCAGGCCAGUUCUGAGCAAAAUCAGUAUAAGGACUAUAUGUUCAGUUCCGGGGUUGAUAAUCCAUUUCUGUGA